AUGGUCCGACCGAAGCGUAAACGAGCGUCCUGUCACAUUGGACGGGAAUCCCGGUUAAUGGAUCCGUAUUUACUCAAGAUGUCGCCCUGUCAGUUUACUGACCAUCACCGGAGACAGCGUGACAAGAGCACGGGCGUAGUGCGCAAUUGUGUGGACAACCCCAACUGUCUCUACGGAUUAGGAGAGUAUCAAAAGGGCGUGUGGCAGGGAAAGCGGUUUAUCCGGCGGGUCUUUGGCGAAGAUCCACGAGAUCGGCAACGGGAAUUGGUCGCUCAUGGGACCCCUAAACCUUGUGGAUUACGUAAUCUAGGAGCCACUUGUUACUUGAACAGCAUGUUGCAGUGCUUGUUUGUUAAUUUUGCAUUUCGUCAGGCCGUGUACGAAUGGGAACCAAAGGUGCACUUUCGAAACCAACAAGAGGCUCGACAGAUGAAAGCACUACAGAAACUAUUUGCUCAAAUGCAAAUGGGAAAUGAAAGCUACUAUGAUCCUACAGAGUUUGCAUCGACGUUGUUAUUAAAUAACGUCAUGCAGCAAGAUGCACAGGAAUUCAGCAAGUUAUUAUUGGCACACUUACGCACGAUAUUUCGACAGUCGAGGUUUUCCAGUCAUUGGGAUUUGGUGGACAGGAUCUUCCAGGGACAGAUUAAUUAUGUAACCAAGUGCUUGAGAUGCAAGAACAAAUCGAUGAGAUCGUCUUCUUACUACGAGAUCUCACUUAAUAUUAAGGGACACAAGAGUGUGGAUGACUGCAUCAAAUCCUAUCUAGCGGCUGAGGUACUGGAAGGAGAGAACAAGUACUUUUGCGAGCAUUGUAAUACCAAACAGUGUGCGGAGCGCUUUUUUGAGCUAGAGCCGCGAGCGCUGCCGGCAACUUUGAUGGUACAACUUAUGCGAUUUGUUUACGAUGUGAAUGCUGGACGGAAGAAAAAGUUGACGGAUGUCAUUGAGAUAAAUGAGACAUUAAACAUGACCGAGUUGCUGCGUCGCAGUGGUCACGCGGAGGCGUUUGACGAAGCUGACGAUACUGUGUACCGGUUACAGGGCUACUUAAACCACCGUGGAAAGAGUGCGCAUGUGGGACACUACACUGCUUCUGUAGCAUUACCAAAACCACGGAUGCCUGGUUGUGGAGAUGAUCCGGCAUUGAGGUGGUUUGAAUUUGACGAUGCAAUAGUGAGUGAUAUGGCCAUGUCGGAGGCAACAACAGAGCGCAUGUACGGCCAAAUAAUCCGCUCGCGCGAUAUAUACAUGCUUAUGUACGUUCGAGAUGAUAAAGUGAGCGGUGGCACAACUGGCACCGAUUCCAACUGCAACGUUGCUACAAAAAGGAUCCCGCAGCCUUCAGAAAUUUGUCUUAAAGAAGUGGAGGCACUCAAUACGGCUUUUGAUGCUGAGGUACGAGAGUACGUCAGUAAAGUGAAUGGCGUGGAGACCCGUAUCCAGGAACGACUUGACGCAUAUAAACACUUUUUCGAGAAAAACUGUCCGUAUCCAGAUUCGUCUGCCCCCUAUUUCUACUGGGUGGACACAGAAUGGUUGCGUCACUGGGUGACAGGUGAGGAAAAUGAUAGCUCGGCCAGUACGUCGUCACUUUUGUCAAGCAUCACAGGGGUGGCGUCUGAUACCAAAUCAUUGUCAAACGGAAAAGUGUCAAAUGUGAAUGCGGAUGAUAAAUCGGGAGGCCGCAAUGUGGACGAUGAUAACUACAGGAUAGUUGAUCUGACUGAUGUGGAUGAUGUAAAAGCAAAUGGACAUGCGAAUGAUGUAAAAACAAAUGGAAAUGCAAAUGAAAGUCGAGAUUCUACAACUCAAAGUGAACGCGCAGGAGACGAAAAGAUGAGUCGAGCACAUUACGAUGAUGGUGACGCGCAAAGUAUCGUUGGAAUGCCGUCAUCAGGCUCGCUUCUUCCGCUUACUUCAGGUGCAGAUGCUGAAACUAAAACGUUUAGGGAUAUUGGGUUGCGUUAUGACGAAAUACCUUUUACGAAGCCAAUGGAUGUUGUACCUUUUAGCUGUGCGCACUCAAGUGAUCUCGACAUUGAGACGUAUGAUCUUAAGAAGGAGCUUAAACCUAUUCUUUGUUUUGCGCCAGAAAAUGCGAAUAGGCUGAAGCGAGUAUCUGCAAAGUUGUUUGCAUACUUGAAUGAGAACUGUGACGUUGACUCAAAGGAUGGUAUGCCGGCUCUAGGUAGUCGCGCGCAAAUGAGAGUAUUUGAAGCACCCACUUAUCGCUGUACCGUCUGCGAAAAAGACUUUUGCAACAAACUCCUGAAUGAUGUCGAGCGCUUGAAAGAAGUUGAUAUGGAGCUUGGACUGCUGACCGGCACCCCCGCAAGUGUGGCAGCGGCGGUUGCUGCUGGUAAUUGUUUUUUGAUGAGCCGGGCAUGGAUCAAAACCUACAAAUAUUACCUUCAGGUAUUGCAUAAGGAGCUUUUACACGCAGCUGGUACAAGCAAGAGAGGAAGAAAAUCACUUACUUGCAUGAAGCUUAACAAUUUUUUCGUAACUUUGAAAGAUGAAAACUGUAAUGGCAGUGACACCCCAAAUGCACAUUACGACGUACAGGAAGUGUGGCAAAAGCCUAUCAACGAAGAUAUAACAUGUCUCCACGGCAAUCUUACGUUGGAAAAGCGAGCAUAUCGGCCCGUAUCAGCUCAGACAUGGUCGUACUUUAGCGCCAAAUUUCCAUAUCGGGCCGAGUACGCUGAGUCGAUAACAGACCCAUGCCGCCGAUGUCAGGGCGACGAUAUGGCUAGCAAGGUGUGCAUCCAAAUUGAGCGCAAUGUGCGUAAUGAUGUUUUGUCAGAUGCUGCUUUGGCGUCUUUGUAUCGUCGGAAACCUAGGAAUGACGCCAUGCGACUUAAUGAUGUCUUCGAGUUGCCCGCUGCACAGCGCAGCAGUGGGUUAGAGAAGGCGUCUUCGUUGACUGUACCAGACGCAACGAGAGUUCCACGGCGAAUGUUUUUGGUGUCUCGUCGCUGGUUAACGCAGUGGAGAGAGUAUAUUCGCAACGUGGAGGAAGAUUCGCCGUUGUCUUUAACGAUAUCGUCUGCAUUGUGUGCGCAUCAAAAGUUGGUACUGCCUUCAUCAUUGUUGACAUCGCAGAAGGGACGACUCAUUGACGUAAGCUCAUUAGAAGUGGAGUUUGUAUCUCUAGACGAGAUGAAGGCUCUCGCUGAACGUUAUGGCGACCCAGAGACGCCAUUUUAUUACGGCCUUCUCGUUGCUAAUAGCAUGUCGAAGUCUGAUGAAGAAGAGUCGCAAGUGGUUUGGCGAAAGUGCUCAUUAUCCUCUUUGAAGUUUGGAAACGAGCAAGUUGUUAACAGCCAAGGCUGCCCUGACAAUAUCGUGCCCUUGAUUUGUCAGGAUGCAAACAACGAGAGCGUCAUCUGCGCAGAAUGUCAGGCGAGUUCAGACCGAAGAUACCGUGAUGAGCUCGAGAAUUUUUCGAAUCGCGUAGUUAAUAUCCAGCAGCUGAACGACGAUCAAGUUAUUCCAACAAGUGAUUACAUGACGUCAGAUGCGAACACUUCAGGUCGACGACGCUCUCGACGAAGUCGCCCAGGUUCAGCAAGCACGUGGCCAAUUGCAGCUCAUGCCACAGAUACGGUGUACAUGUUGAAAGCAAAGAUCUAUGCAGCAAUUGAUGCACUACCUAUACGACAACGCCUGUACUACAAGGGCGAGGUACUGGAGGAUUACCGGACGCUCAAACAAUGCGGGAUCAAAGCGGGAGACGCCGUUUUCUUGCGGUUAUCGGAAGAUAAUGCCGACGACCUUGUGAUGGACGAAAGUUUGGAACGGGAGGUCGGUUUUGUGGACUCGGUCUUUCACUCGCAUCCUUUGGUCAGCAGGUCUGCCAUGACAUUAAAUGUACUUCCAGAUACCAGUCGAGAUCAAGCUCUUGCUAUGGCUAUAGCAAGCAGUCAUGAAAGUCAAGUGUGGGUGUGUCCUGUUUGCACGUUUGUCAAUGAGGACACCAAGUGCGAGAUGUGCUCGACGACAAAAGAUGAUACUAUCCCUUGUUGA